AUGAAAACUGCGAACUUCCCCCGACCUGAUCGAGUGGCUGUAACCCUCGAUGGUGAAGCUGUGGAAGAGAUCGAAAGCUUCAAAUAUCUUGGCGCCAAUUUUGCAGCCACUCGUCAAGCGAAGGAUGAAAUCACCACCCUCUGUUCAUAUCUAUCUAUCUAUCUAUCUAUCUAUCUAUCUAUCUAUCUAUCUAUCUCUGUUUAUUAUGAUUCACUUUCACGUUUUCUAUUUGUUUAUCUCUAUUUCUCUCUAUCUUUCACACACAAACACAUAUACAUACAUACACACACACACUUUCUCACAGACUGUUGCUAUCUAUCUAUCUAUCUAUCUAUCUAUCAUUCUGGCCUGUUCAUAUCUAUCUAUCUAUCUAUCUAUCUAUCUAUCUGUUCCUCCCCUCUCUCUCUCUCUCUCUCUCUCUCUCUCUUACUCUCACUCUAUCUACACAAUUUUUUCAUUCCUUUUUAUUUUCCGCCAAAAAUGUGCUUUCUUUUUAUUUCUUUAAGGACUUCUUAUUUUUUUUUCCUUUAUUCUUUCUUUCUUUCUUUUUUAACGUCUAACUUUCCUUUUCUUUUUCCUUUUUAUCUUUCUCUCUUUCUUUCUUUCCUUUUAAUUCUUUAUUUUGGUGCUUUCUUUCUUUUUCGUCAUUUCUUUCUGAGAUCAGUGCUUUUUUAUUUUUUUCAUAGCUUGGUACUUUCUUUUUCCUUUCUUUUUGUCUUUAUUAGCUUGGUACUUUCUUUCUCUUUCCUUUCUUUUUCUCUUUCUCUGCUUGGUACUUUCUUUUUCCUUUCUUUUUCUUGGUACUUUCUUUCUUUUUCCUUUUUUUUCUCUCUCUUUCUUAGCUUGCUUGGUACUUUCUUUCUUUUUCCUUUCUUUCUCUCUUUCUUAGCUUGGUACUUUCCUUCUUUUUCCUUUCUUUUUCUCUUUCUCUGCUUGGUACUUUCUUUCUUUUUCCUUACUUUUUGUCUUUCUCUGCUUGGUACUUUCUUUCUUUUUCCUUUCUUUUUCUCUUUCUCUGCUUGGUACUUUCUUUCUUUUUCCUUUCUUUUUCUUUUUUUCUGCUUGGUACUUUCUUUCUUUUCCUUUCUUUCUCUUUCUCUGCUUGGUACUUUCUUUUCUUUUCCUUUCUUUUUCCUUUUCUCUUGGUACUUUCUUUCUUUUUCCUUUCUUUCUCUCUUUCUUAGCUUGGUACUUUCCUUCUUUUUCCUUUCUUUUUCUCUUUCUCUGCUUGGUACUCUUUCUUUUCCUUUUUCUUUCUUAGCAUUAAUUUCUUUCUUUUUCCUUUCUUUUUGUCUUUCUCUGCUUGGUACUUUCUUUCUUUUUCCUUUCUUUUUCUCUUUCUCUGCUUGGUACUUUCUUUCUUUUUCCUUUCUUUUUCUCUUUCUCUGCUUGGUACUUUCUUUCUUUUUCCUUUCUUUUUCUCUUUCUCUGCUUGGUACAUUCUUUCUUUUUCCUUUCUUUUUCUCUUUCUCUGCUUGGUACUUUCUUUCUUUUUCCUUUCUUUCUCUCUUUCUUAGCUUGGUACUUUCCUUCUUUUUCCUUUCUUUUUCUCUUUCUCUGCUUGGUACUUUCUUUCUUUUUCCUUUCUUUCUCUCUUUCUUAGCUUGGUACUUUCUUUCAUUUUCCUUUCUUUUUGUCUUUCUCUGCUUGGUACUUUCUUUCUUUUUCCUUUCUUUUUCUCUUUCUCUGCUUGGUACUUUCUUUCUUUUUCCUUUCUUUCUUAGCUUGGUCCUUUCUUUCUUUUUCCUUUCUUUUUCUCUUUCUCUGCUUGGUACUUUCCUUCUUUUUCCUUUCUUUUUCUCUUUCUCUGCUUGGUACUUUCUUUCUUUUUCCUUUCUUUUGUCUUUCUUAACUUGGUACUUUCUUUCUUUUUCCUUUCUUUCUCUCUUUCUUAACUUGGUCCUUUCUUUCUUUUUCCUUUCUUUUUCUCUUUCUCUGCUUGGUACUUUCUUUCCUUUCCUUUCUUUUUGUCUUUCUUAA